AGGCGAGGCGCGUCAGUAGCGCGCGAUCCGUCGCGGCCGGCCGCCGUACGCGCGCGCAACGAACGAACGAACCGCACUCCGCGAACUAUCGCGACGAUCCCGACCCUACGCAACGCAACGCAAAACCCUUAUCAACUCCAAAUAUCGAUAUCCAUUGCGAAUAAACGACUAUCGAAACUCAAGCGCAGCGCCGGAUCGAUUCACACCGCGCAUCGAAACUUUGCGAGGGCGGCUUAUAACGAACAAAUCGACUAACUAACUCGAACCGCACGAAGGUGUCGCGUCGCAAAAAGCGCAACACAAUAGAGUAAGCGUCUAAUUAUAAACGUGUCCGUGCGAGCCGACUCCGGGAUGCAGAACAUCGACCCGCUGGAGUUCGCCAACAUCCUGGCCACCGAGCUCUGGUGCCAGCAGUUGGCGAAUCUCGAGGGCCUCCAGUCGGGGGUCCCAACCCGCACGACGGCGACCAUCACGCCCACCCAGCUGCGCAACUUCGAGCAGACAUACAUCGAGCUGACCAACUUCCGCGGCGACCAGGCUAAUCACGCCGGUUUUGUACCACCAUCCGUCACGCACGCCAACAAUUACGGCAUCCUGAAUACGGCGGGGUACUGUGAGUCGGGCCCGACGACCGCGCUGCACGUGUCGCCGGGCCCGCUCUCCGCCAGCGACGGCAGCAGCAGCCCCGGCUUGCCCGCGCCCAAGCGCCGCAACAUGGGCGGUCGCCGGCCCACAAAGACACCGCAGGACCUCUCGCCUGAGGAGGAGGAGCGCCGCAAGAUACGCCGCGAGCGGAACAAGAUGGCCGCCGCGCGCUGCCGCAAGCGCCGCCUCGACCAUACAAACGAGCUGCAGGAGGAGACCGAGAAGCUGGAGGAGAAGAAGAGCAUGCUGCAGGACGAACUGCGAAAGCUGAACGACGACCGAGAACACCUGCAGGCGCUGCUGCAAAACCACCUGCAGUCGUGUCGGCUCGGAAAGCGCGCCGCCAGCCCGCCCGAUGUCAAGCCUUUCCAGGACCCCUACGUGUACCCCGAGGCCCCCGAGGACGGCGUGCGCGUCAAGGUCGAGGUCAUGGACCCCACCGUGGAUCCGGUCCUUGGACUGGAUAACGAUAUCUUCACAUCUCCGAUGGCGGAUAAAAAGAUAAUGCUAUCGGCGGCGAAUCCCGCGGUGGUGACGAGCGGGUCGGGCGGAGCGCUGGACACGCCCCCCGUGCGCCCCUCGCGCCCCACCUUCCUUCACGUGCCUGUCACACUCACACCCGCACAGAUACAUAACAGCAAAGUGGGCAACAACAAGAUCCCCGGCAUCGAAAUCAGCACGCCCAGCAACGGCAUCCCGUUCAACUUCGACAGCCUGAUGGAGGGGGGCACGGGACUCACGCCGGUGCACCCACACCCGCACCCGUGCGCCCAGCAGCAGCGCGCCGCACCAGACCUCGCCUCGCCCGACCACGGCAGCCUCGUCAGCCUCUGAGCGGCAUCUUCGACCUUACUGCACAUAUACACAACGACCACAAUCCCCUGCGAUCAGCUGCGACCACGGUAUAACUACCAAUCUACUUCUAAAGAACCAUGGCCGCUCUUGAUUCGUAGAUCACAGCUGUUGUGAUUUUUUUAA